AUACCUUGAGAAAAUGCCACACAUCCCAACUCAAAACAAAUUAACCAUCUACAGAUACUUAUUCCAAGAAGGUGUCUUAGUUGCCCCAAAAGACUUCAAACUUGCUAAACACCCACAAAUCGAAAGUGUUUCAAAUCUUGAUGUUUUAUCCACUUUAAGAUCAUUCAAAUCAAAGAAAUUUGUUACUGAAUCUUUCAACUGGCAAUAUUACUACUGGGUCCUCACUGAUGAAGGUAUUAAAUACUUAAGCCAAUACCUCCAACUCCCAGAAUCAGUUGUCCCAGCUACCCUCAAAAAACAAAACAGCAGCCGUCCAUCAUCAUAUUCAAGACAAGAAGAAAAGAGAACCGGUGCUUCAGGUGACUUCGAACCAUCAUACCGUGGUGGUGAUCGUCGUCGUGGUGGUUUAGGUCGUGGUGGUUACAGACGUGAAGGUCAAACCAACACUACCAACUAAAUUGUUUUAGGGAAAAUAAAUUAUAUAAAAAUUUAAAAAAAAAAACCAAAUAU